AUGGACGAGAUAAAGAAGGGGUUACCAGAGCUAGCUUACCCACCAUCCGCAAUGCAGAGCUCUGACUCGGGCACUGCUGAUGAAGCUGAAGGAUCUGCGACUGCUGUUGCGCAAGAGGUCAAGAUUGUGACGCCAGAGAAUGCACUCGAAAGUGGAAUUCCACCAGGUGCUAUGCAAGUGGAUGAGCCAGAAGCGCCAACAGCCUCGAUAUCACCUGGUGUAGAGAUGGCAAUGGAUGAGCUAGUAAAUUGUCCGUCUAGCCAAGCAGGAGAGCCACGGAAGGCACCGGCAUGUGACAUUGUACAGGAGAUCGUACCAACUGGAGAUUCAUCAGUAUCAAUAUCGCAGAGCGCAAUCGCCUCUCGCCCAGCUCAGUCUAUUGCAGCUAUGCAGCACUCCUCGUCUAUACCAAAAGUAGAGCCGCAAGGUCUUUCACUCACUGAACUCCUCAAUCAGGUGUACAGGGAUGCGCUGGGCAUUGGAUCAUCUUCCAACAUUCCCCUACUCAUCGAUUUUGAUGGGGAAGAGACAGUACCAGUGCAAUCUGAUGUCCAUAGCACUGUUGAACCAAGGAAUCACAGCAACGACGAAAACUUUGUGAACCCACCAUGCGAUACAUCUUUUAAUGCUGAGCUGAAAGGAUCGGUGAUCAUGGUUUUUCCUCUAACCGACUCGUUCUCUGCAGGGAUGACUGAUAGUGCGAGGAUCGUUGACUCAUCUGUCAAUGCGGACGAACCACCUGAUUCGUUGUGGCAAGCUGAUGGAGUGCCAUCUCGCUCGAAAUUGCCGAGCAGUCUUGGCAGUACUCUCGGAUCACGGCAGCCUCACAAUAACUUUCCUCCACUAGAACCUGUCCCUGCUAGGUCCGCAGAUGUGACAAGACCACGUCCAACGGCGUCAUCUGUCGAACAGGACAUCAUGCGCGAUAAAGACCUUGUUAUGCAAGGCCAGCAACCAACUUCACACAGCCUCGCAGUGGAGAUAUCCGCCCCUAUAGCAUUCCUUACUGCUUUCGAGGUGUUGGGUGGGCAGCCUGAUGAAGACGUGUUGAAUGUGCCUGAGCAUGCAUCCGGUGUGGAUACCCCUGAGAGCGACGUAUCGAGGGCUCCCUCCCCGGAAAUGCACCUGCCCACCUUUGUCUCCUUCGGAAGGUAA